AUGGUUCAUCCUCGACUUCUUAAUGCUCUUAAAUUUAAAGUCCCCGGAGAUGAUAAAAUUGAUAGGUUAAGUCCCCUUCCUGACGACAUUCUCCGCCAUAUUAUGUCCUAUCUCCCUACAGAAAUUGCAGCGGCAACAUCCGUCCUAUCAACCAGAUGGAAAGAUCUUUUCAUCUCACUUCCUGAUAUUGAUCUCAGAGUCUGUAAAUGCUGGUAUGCUCUGACCGAGGAGGCCCGAGAAAGAGAGGUGUCUAACUUUCUAACUUUCGGAUUUAGGUUGAUUCUACUACGAAAUAAGGUUCCUUUAAGAAAAUUUCAACUUUUUGUGUCUCCCUUCGUUGAAAAUCUUCGGGUGGCAAUUGAUUCUUUGCUAUCAGCCGCGCUUCUGGCUAAAGUCCAAGAACUGGAUAUUUGUGUGGGAGGAGAUCAAGAGAACAGAUUAUAUCUUCCUAGAAUAUUCACAUCUAAGACUCUAGUUACCUUGACAAUAGAAACGGGUGAGGAUUUGAUUGCUCCGAGUCGUGUUUGCUUGCCAAAUCUUAAGGUCCUGCGCUUUAAUUCACUCAAGUCAAUUGAUGAAGUUUCCUUUGUGCAGCUUAUUCAGGGUUGCCCUUCGCUUGAAGAAUUAUCUUUGAAAUGGAGAUGUUUGGAAAACGUGGAUAGAACUCUUAUUGUGUCUGCCCCAUUUCUGAAAAAACUGGUAUUAUCUUGUAUGCAAGGCAGGUAUUCUCUAGCGGUGGAGUCUAACAAUCUCGUAUAUUUGGACUGCAACGUUUAUGGGGAGCUUAAAUUUGCAAUAAAUGCUCCAUGCCUUGAGUAUUUCAAGUAUCAAGGUUAUCCUGUGGAAGUAAAAUUUGUUCAAGACCUGAGGGCCAUUGUCGAUGCCACAAUAGCAUUUGAUGAAUUUGAGCUAAAAGAAACUGAAAACAUCCUCAUGUUGCAGGGUGAGAAUGCUUUCGAACUUAUCAAUGGUUUGCAAUGUGUGAAAUCACUGAAUAUUGAGUCGCAUAGUUUGAAGACUCUCUAUGAUGCUGGAAGAUUCUUGCCUGAUUUGGUAAAUUUGACCAGUUUGGCCCUUGAUCUUUACUGCGACAGUGAGAGUACCAUGUGGUGGAAUAUGAUACCAAGCUUACUAGAAAGUGCCCCUAAUCUUGAAGCUCUUAAUAUCGUUUCUUGCGUUUCUGACAAUCAAUUAACAUGUGAAGAAGAACUUGGAAUUUUGCUGCAGAAGGCCUUUCCCUCAUGCUACAUUCGACAGCUUAAGGAGAUAAAAAUAAAAGUCUCUGGAAUGAUCAGGAAUUUGCUGCAGCUCAAAAAAUCUAUGUUAACUAUCAAAGCUACAUUGGAAAAAUUCUCUGCAAUGUCAGGCCUCAACCCAAAUUUGGCAAAGUCUGAACUUUUCAUGAUUGGUGGUAAUGUUGAACUGGGUACGCUGUUGAAGUUGAGGUUAGUAGUGAGAGGCUACAUCAAGAAGGUCACUGGCAAUGACAAACAGACAUUUAUCUGGCAUGAUAGUUGGCAUCCUAUAGGAAUUCUUAAAUAUCUUUAUUCUCCUCAAUUACUGAAGCUGCUUGGAGUUUCAGAAAAUGCUAAGGUUUCUGCUAUAAUCAAAGAAGCGAAUUGGAAUUGGACAAUGGGUAAAUGUUAG